GGAUGUGGGUACUCGUGGCCGGGAUCGAGGGAGGGUGAACUUCCCUUCGGAGAUUCUCGGUGUGAGGGGGAAAUAUGCGUUUAGUCAAUAAAGCUGUGCAGACGCACAGUCGAGAAGAAAGGCCUGGGAAAAUCAAGGAAGUUUCCCGUAGGUGACUUUUGAACUGCGGAAACGUUUGACAGAGGAAAAGGGCUUCUGUGUAAUGUGAGAUCGCUGCUGGGCUUCAUCAUCAGGCCUUGUCACCAGCUCCUGCCCCUCCUUCUGUGUCCUGGACUCCGAAUACCUCGACUCUCAGUACUUUGUGCUCAGCACAGGCCCAGAGCCAUGGCCAUCUCCUCUUCCUCCUGGGAACUGCCCCUGGUGGCUGUGUGCCAGGUAACAUCGACACCAGACAAGGAGCAGAACUUUAAAACAUGUGCUGAGCUGGUUCGAGAGGCUGCCAGACUGGGCGCUUGCCUGGCUUUCCUGCCUGAGGCAUUUGACUUCAUUGCACGGGACCCUGCGGAGACACUACACCUCUCUGAGCCACUGGGUGGGAAACUUUUGGGAGAAUAUACGGAGCUUGCCAGGGAAUGUGGACUCUGGCUGUCCUUGGGUGGUUUCCAUGAGCGUGGCCAAGACUGGGAGCAGACUCAGAAAAUCUACAAUUGUCAUGUGCUUCUGAACAGCAAGGGAUCAGUAGUGGCCACUUAUAGGAAGACUCAUCUGUGUGAUGUAGAUAUCCCAGGGCAGGCACCCAUGCAUGAAAGCAACUCUACCAUACCUGGGCCCAGUCUCGAGCCACCUGUCAGCACACCAGCAGGCAAGAUUGGUCUAGCUAUCUGCUAUGACAUGCGGUUCCCUGAACUCUCUCUGGCCUUGGCUCAGGCUGGUGCAGAAAUACUUACCUACCCUUCAGCCUUUGGAUUUGUUACAGGCCCAGCCCACUGGGAGGUGUUGCUGAGGGCCCGGGCCAUUGAAACCCAGUGCUAUGUAGUGGCAGCAGCACAGUGUGGCCACCAUCAUGAGAAGAGAGCAAGUUACGGCCACAGCAUGGUGGUGGAUCCCUGGGGAACAGUGGUGGCCCGCUGCUCUGAAGGACCAGGCCUCUGCCUUGCCCGAGUCGAUCUCAACUAUCUACGACAGUUGCGCCAACACCUGCCUGUGUUCCAGCACCGCAGGCCUGACCUCUAUGGCAGUCUGGGUCAACCAUUGUAUUAAGCAUUUUAACUUCUGUGAGUUGAGACCCCCAUUGUGAGCCGAUACUGCUGUGACUUGUAGGCAGGACCCGGGCACAGCAGCCCUCACUUGGACAACUUUGACUCUUUUUGAUGGAACACGUGCUCAGCUUUUUGGGAAAGAAACUUUCACCUGGGCUCAGAUUUCAGUUUCAGAAAGGUGGAUUUUAUAGUCACUGUUUAUUUCGUGAAAACUGAAGUUACGCUGAGAGCUGAGCAUCACUGGCAUUGAAAAAAAAAUGUAAUCAUUAA